AUGCCUAAAGAAUUUCAGGUUGGAAUGAAGCUGGAGGCCGUCGACAGGAAGAACCCUUCCUUGGUGUGUGUGGCGACCAUAGCAGAUAUUGUUGAAGAUCGCUUGCUAGUGCAUUUUGACAAUUGGGAUGAUAGUUACGGUUACUGGUGAGACACCAAUGUGUUUUAUUUUUGUUCCCCUGACAUUCAUCCAGUAGGCUGGUGUGAAAAGACCAAACAUAAAUUACACAUCCCUAAGGGUUAUCCUGAUCCAGAAAAUUUUUCCUGGACAGAAUAUCUGGAAGCUACUCAAACUAAUGCAGUGCCUGACAAAGUUUUUAAAAUGGUUCAUUUUGAUGGUUGGGACCACAAGUAUGACUACUGGGUAGAGGCAGACAGCCCUGACCUCCACCCAGUGAGGUGGUGCGAUGUCACAGGACAUCCCCUGGAGGUGCCACAGCGAGCAAAUGAUGUGAAAAUCCUUCCAGGUCAAGCUGUUUGUCCUACUCCAGGGUGCCGAGGAAUAGGCCAUAUCCGUGGUCCACGUUAUUCAGGACAUCACAGUGCUUUCGGUUGCCCGUAUUCGGACAUGAACUUGAAAAAGGAGGCAACACUUCUUGAUCGUCUGAGAGAACAAACACAGGCAAAUUUGGAAUCAGAUUCUUCAUAUUCAAAAUCGAAAAACCUCUGUAGCUUGAAAUUCAAUGGAAAACAUGAAAAGGUGAACAGUCAGCCCAGACUUGUACAGCAGGCAAAGUGUUUGAAAAUCAAAGGAAAAGAAGAUAUUGACUUGGAUAAUCUCUUCAGAGAGUACUCGGCUGGGCAGACGCAGCAGGCGCUUCACCAGUCGGUCUUCAUGUCAGCCGUGUCCGCCCGCCCUUUCCGGGACCUUCCCCUCGGCAGGGAGCAGCACUGCAAGCUGCUGCCAGGUGUGGCUGACAUCCAGGCGAGCCAGGUGGCCCGGUGGACGGUGGAUGAGGUGGCUGAGUUUGUACAGUCUCUUCUGGGCUGUGACGAGCAUGCUAAGUGCUUUAAGAAAGAGCAGAUCGAUGGCAAAGCCUUCCUGCUCCUGACACAGACAGACAUUGUCAAAGUCAUGAAGAUCAAACUGGGUCCAGCACUGAAGAUUUAUAAUUCUAUCCUGAUGUUCAGGAAUUCCCAGGACCUCACUGAAGAAGACCUCGUCUCAGGCCAGGAAGUCAGGGGAUAA